UUCAAAGUAUCAAACUGUACGCUUUUUUUCGAAGUUUUGAGCUUAAUGUUCAAGUGAAGAGAAUUUGAAACAACCUGUUUUUAAAGUCUGGUUUCAAUAUAAAACUUGUUGCGUUUGCCGAAAAAGGAUGUCAGGAUUUAGUGAUUUGCUUCAGCAAGCCGAACAGCUGACAGCGGACAUUGAGAGUGGUGGCGAGCUUCCGAGGAUAGAGAGAAACCUGCAUCAAUUGGCAGAAGCAGGUGACCGACUGUGGAAGAAAACAACAGGGGGGGCUGGCGACGAUGCUGAUGUCAGAGCGUCUAUACUGCUCGGUUCCAAAGGCUUUGAUUUACCAAAGUUGUCUGAAAAAUUAGAUAAUCUUAGUACGGCCAAUACCUUUGAACCAUUGGAACCAAUCAGAGAUGCGGACAUUCAGGGAUUUUUGAGAAAUGAAAGGGAAAAUGCUAUCUUGGCUGCAAUAGAAGAAUCCAAAAAGAAUACAUUUGAUGAAGCGGAGAGGAAUCAUUGGAGAUGCAUGGAGCAAGACUGGGAACAAGAGAAGUUGAAAAUCUUAAAUUCUCUACUGGGUUCCGAUCAAGAUUCUCUCGAUUUCUCAACCGAGAUCAUGGACGGUGCUUUCAAUCGUGUUGAUCUCUCUCAGAGAAGUGGCCUGGAUUUCGUUGAAAUGGCAUAUGCAAGACAGAUUUUCCGUAGACUCACAGGGUUUUUUCAUACAGCGUGCGCGAUCAUUUUUAGAGAAACGGUAUCAGAAAUACAUAGAAAGAACAGUGUACAAUAAUCUACAGCAAGCUCAGCUUGGAGGUGUUCCAGGUGUUUUCUUUUUAGUAAAGAGUUUUUUAGAGAUACGACCGAUGGUUGCCAUCUCGCACGAACUUGAGGUAUUGAAAUUAGGAGAAAAGUAUAAAGACCCGUUCACACGAUCCGAUUGUUUCUGUUCCGACUUUUGGUUACUUGUUCAGACGGUCCGAUAGUUUUGUUGACAUUUAUAUUCGUUUGAAUAUUUAUUGUCUUGAAAGCAGCUAUUUGUGUUAUCUAGUACAUUUAUCGAUAUAUCUGCGUAAUUUUAUACUUGUUUUCAAGUCUUUUUCAAAUCUAAUUUCUCGCGUUAGCUCAAAUUUGAGAAGUAUAGAGAGUAAAAAGCUUUAGCCUGGUCGCCCUUCCUGUGAUGUUAUCUCAAUCUCGCCGAGUGUAUUCGUCAAGGCGACAGAAAGGAAUGAAACUCUGAAAUUACCGUCCAUAUCUUCAAAAAUUUCAACGACCGGCGUUCAAGAAGACUUUCAUCUCGGCGAACAAGUACAAAAACAGUUUUCAAGACAGUUCGAUGUUAAAGAAUUUCUCAAACUUUCCACUCCGUUCGCAAUGAGUGUCAGCAAGAACACGAUAAAUAACUCUGAAACGAGUCUUAUAUCCAAGACAAGUGAUGGCGACAGAAACGAGGAGAAAAUGAAAAUGUUUGAAAAAAUAUCCCCGACGAACUUGGUUCAAGUCAUUAAAACCAAACUAUCAUUUAGAAA